AAGCAAGAAAUUCACUGCAAGCAGCACUGCAAGCCAGCAACUUACUGCAAGCAGCACUGCAAGCAAGAUAUCCACUGCAAGCAGCACUGCAAGACAGCAACUUACUACAAGCAGCACUGCACCCAUGUAGCUCACUGCAAGCAGCACUGCAUCCCACUGCACCCCAGCUCCUCACUGUAUCUUCCAUGCACCCUUUGCUUGGGCAGGAUGGUCCCUGCACCCCAAGCCUGACCUGUCUCUGUGGGGGUCUCUUCUAAAAGACUCAGCCCCCCCCAGGCUCUGGAAGUGCCCUCUUCUCCCACCCCUGCUCCCUGCAAGGCUUUGGGCAGAAGGAGAAUCAGCCUCAUGGUGUGGAAGCUGGACCUCACCUAACAGCAAGGGGACCUCCAAUGCUUAAAGGCAGUUAAUGGAGAGAGGGUCGAAUGACAGCCGGGACCGUUGUUAUCACCGGUGGAAUAUUAGCGACUGUUAUCCUCCUCUGUAUCAUCGCUGUUCUCUGCUACUGUAGACUACAGUAUUACUGCUGUAAGAAGGAGGAUUCCGAAGAGGAUGAGGAGGAACCCGACUUUGCCGUGCAUUCGCGCUUCCCCCCGGUGCACUGUAAUAGGAAUGUAGUCUUGGCCAAUGGGCCGUCCAUCUACUCCUCUCCGUACAACAAGAAGCACCAGCACUGCCGCAGCGUCUACCAAGGCUGCUCGCACCAUGACGCUCCGGCCUUCCUCCUGCACCCGCCCGACGAGGUCCGCAACGGCGGAGAACGCAUCACCUACAAGACCAUCAGCCAGGAGGAGAUCGAGCUGCCCGUCAGCCUCGGCGACCUGCAGGUGCUCAACCCCAACCGGCUGUCCGCCAUGAGGGAGGCCUUCUCCCGGAGCCGAAGCAUAAGCACAGAUGUGUAAGGUGUCCACGCUGGCCCACCCCGCAGACCGGAGACAUUCCAGCCGCUGCGUUCCUCGGCCCCAAGCACGAGACAGCGCGAUGUUCAGCACCGUGACUUUUUACGCCCCUCCCCCCCAUCACAUUUUUCCUUUUAAAAAACAACUUUUUGAGUGUUUUUAGGAUACAAAACAUAAUUCCUAUAAUCCUAUAAUGUCAGAAUUGUGCAGUUAAGCAAAAAAAACAAAAUCAUAAAGAAUGCACAGUACUGCGACGUUUGAGUCAUA